CAUCACUGUUCAGACUCUCUGCUCGGCUGCAGCCUCAUGGACAGGCUUCCAAGAACGAGAUCCUGCGCUCUCGGUUCCUGGGCUAUUUACCCGAUGGCAUAAAUACGCGCUGCCAGCGAUGCUUAUGCUCGCCACCCCCGGUCCCCCCUCCAACGGUCAUCAUCAUCUCCAGCCAUGCACGCCCGGACUCUGCUGCCUCUCCUCUCCGCCUUUGCCGGGCUCUCCCGCGCAGAGCGACCGCAGCACACGGCGCGGGGAGUGCAGACCACGGCCUCCGUCUCCGGCAUCCCCGUCUUCCCCGUCAUCAACUACGGCCUCCUGUGCGAGCUGUCCUUCCUCGAGGACAUCUGCGCCCGCAUCCUCGCGCCCAGCCGCCAAGUCGUCACUCCGCUCGGGCUCGCGCAGGGCGUUUCGGACGGCGCGGGCAGCGGAGUGAACCGUUUCGUGGUCAAGUACGCAUCGGCAUCGCGGUGGGCCGCACCGACCGUGACUACCCAGUGGCAGCUUCCGAAUGGAUCGCGCAAUGCGUCGGCCCUCCCGCUCGCGUGCCCGCAGGACAACGUCGACCCCUCGUCCUACACGGAGGACUGCCUGUCCAUCAUCCUCUUCGUGCCGACCGCGCUGCUGCCCUCCAGCAACGUUCCCACGCUCAUGUGGAUCCACGGCGGAUCCUUCAUCACCGGGUCGGCCACCAACCCCGGUCUUGACGGCUCCAAGUUGGCUGUUGCGACCAACUCGAUCGUCGCUGUGAUUCAGUACCGUCUGGGCGCGCUUGGUUUCAUGGCCCCCAGCGGGGCGACUAAUCUCGGGCUGCAGGACACGAUCGCCGCGAUGAAGUUCUUGGCCAAGGUCGUGCCCUCAUUCGGCGGAAACGCGAAAAAGAUCACCGUUGCCGGACAGAGCAGUGGCGCUGGCAUGAUCCGGGCGCUGCUGGCGACUCCGUCGGCUUCGUCACUGUUCCAGAGCGCGAUUCUGCAGUCGGAUCCCAUGAACUACGGGUUCCUGAACGCGUCGACGCAAACGUUGCUGCAGCAGACGUACAACAGCCUGAUCAACUGCUCGCCGACCGACGUCAAAUGCCAGAACGCACUUGCUAUCCAGGACAUAUUGGAUGCACAAGACACGCUCUCAAACGAGUCCGUCGUGCUCGAUGCGUCCACGGGCAUAGCCGAGCCGAUCCGCCCUGUGCGAGACGGCGCGCUGAUCACGACCCCGCUGGACUCCACCGCGCCGUUCCCCGCGGUGACCAAGCCGAUUCUGCUGACCAACGUGCGCAACGAGGCGGGCCCGACGAUCUACCUCCAGUUCCAGGCCGUCACGCCCGAGGUCGCGUUCCAGCCGACGCUCUCCGCGCUGCUCGGCCCGUCGCGCGCGGCGACGAUCGACGCGUCCGGGUUCUACAACACGUCCGUCGACGACGCGCGCCAGCCGCUCGAGAGCAUGGGCACGGACUACAUGUGGCGCUGCCCGACGUGGACGUUCGCGCGCAACUGGGUCGGCCACGGCGGGAAGGCGUUCGUCGGCCUGUACAUGACCGGCGCGACGUACCCGUUCAACGCCGACGUCCCGUUCUGCCUCGAGCCGGGCUCCGUCUGCCACCAGGACGACAUCGAGAUCGUCUUCGGCACUGUGCCGAGCCCGUCUCCCGCCCAGGCCGCGCUGACCGCCGAGAUGCAGGCCCGGUACAAGGCAUUCUUAAACACCGGCUCGCCGAACGUCAAGGGCCUGAUGCCGUGGACUGCGGCGACGACCGGCAACGUGCAUGCGCACCAGCUGGGCGGCCUGCCCUCUCCCAGCGGCGAGAUUGCCCCCGGGGCGUGCGACCCUGCCUUUUGGGGCGCCGCUGUCCCUUACGACUACCAGGUCUUUGGAAUCUAAUCCCUUAUCUUGUAGCUUAUAUUCAAUAAACCCUCCCGCGUGACUCCUUUUUGUAGCAUAGCUUCCUUGUAGCCUGCAUCUCGCCAGUAUCCUAAUAAUAGUAGUUGUUUCUUAACAUCUGCGUGAUGAGUUGACAAAAU